AAUCUUUAAUUCAAUUUUUUUGGGAAUUUUAAUUCCGAUCCGGUUUAGGGCACAGGGGACCGAUUGAAUCCGAUCCGAUAGAAAAGAAAUACCGCGAAAAUGGCAGGGCUCAACCCAUUUGCCGCCAAGAUGUUUCUCUCUCCUAAAUCCCUAUUCCCUUCUCCGUUCAUUCGCCAGAACCCUAACCCUAAGCUACCCCAUUCCCGCUAUAAUUCAACUUUAAAUCUCAAGUCCGCCUGCCGGACAGAGAGAGGACUCGAAUUCGACACCGGCGAGUCGUUUUUUCGCCAGGAAAGCGCCACUGGCCGCGACCUUGGGGUACUGGCGGCGGCUCUUUACAGGAAAUCCAAAGGCAAGCUUCGAGUGCUCGAUGCAAUGUGCGGCUGCGGAAUUCGAUCUCUGCGGUAUCUGGCGGAGGCAGAGGCGGACUUCGUGUUGGCCAAUGACGGGAAUGAGAAUUACCGAGGAGUUAUAUUGGCGAACCUAUCUCGGUUUCCGAGGGGUUUUGGGGAGGCGAAGAAGUGGCUGGUGACGCAUUCCGAAGCUAAUAGGGUCAUGACGGAGUGUUAUCUCCGAAGGGAUUAUUUUGAUCUCAUUGACAUCGAUUCCUUCGGGAGUGAUUCAACUUUCUUGAGGUCUGCCCUUAAUGCUUUGAAAUUGGAUGGGCUGCUCUACGUCACUUCCACCGAUGGUUACUCUUCCGGUGGCCACCGGCCUUAUCAUGCUUUAGCUUCAUAUGGAGCAUACAUUCGCCCUGUGCCAUAUUCAAAUGAGGUUGGUCUACGAAUGCUUAUAGGUGGGGUGGUGCGAGAAGCUUCUGUAUUGGGCUACCAUGUUAAUCCACUUUUCUCGUACUAUUCAUACCAUGGACCUGUCUUCAGGGUGAUGCUUCGUUUUAACCGGGGAAAGCUUCCAAACAACAGUAGGCAUUAUGGGUUCGUUGGCUACUGCACCCAAUGUGGGCAUUCUCAAACAUUUUCAUGGGAAGAACUUGGCUGCCUCAAUUGCCAUUGUGAUAAAGCAAAUGUCUCCAAUUCACUUGUUGUUUUAGGGCCUCUUUGGACAGGACCCCUUCACACUGCUAGCUAUCUGAUAGAAAUGCUAAAUUUGGCUGAACAAUGGGGAUGGACUGGUAAUGGCAUGGGAUUGGAUUUGGAAAAGCUAUUGAGACAAAUGGUUGAUGAGAGUGACCCUGAAUUACCACCUGGAUAUGUCAAAAUGGAUGAGGUAGCAAGACGUGCUAAAGUUAAUUCUCCCCCCAUCAAGACCAUGAUGAGUAUAAUGCAUGAGGGGGGAUAUGCUGCUAGUAGGUCACACAUUGCCUCCAAUGCAAUUAAGACAAACUGUCCAGUGGCAGAGUGUGUGAGGAUUGCCAAGGAACUUGCUGUUGCUGGAUGAUCUGCAAAUUAAAUUAGUCUUGCAGCUGAAACAAGAAGGCUGUAAAGGCUGCUAUUGUGUGCGUCUGCGAGGCAUUGAAAUCCGUAGGAAGCGUGAAAACAAGAAUGCCAAUCAGUUAAGAGUCGUUAGUGAAGUGGUGAAUUCUUUCUUCAGCUGCUCUCCCUCUUGGCUGAGGAAACGGUAGGGGGAAAUCCAGAAUCUUAAUUCGACCUACUUGUGCUAAAGCUGGGGAACUCUAGAACAGCGACUUGGUCUGCAAAAACAGAGAGUGCUUGGUGGUAGUCCCGGUAAGUGAUUUUGUGCAACUAAAUCAUCUAAUAUGAAUAGACGUGGAUGAUUCCCCAGUCUUGUAAUUUUAGUAACAAUCUUACUAAGGUGUAAUUAUUUUCACAGUGAUCCUAGCAUUUCUAUCUUGAUUUUGGAAGAGGUCGAGUAUUCUUAUCAGAAAAUUGAGCGAAUGGGUUGAAGUUGCUUAUAAUUAUAAGCUCAUGACAUUUGGUUAAUUUUUUGUAUUGAGAUUAUAAAAAUACAUCAUUCUUAUAUAAAUAUGUGUACACGUAAAUUAUAUAUAUCUUCCCCACAAAAAUAAGUCAACUUAUCAAGGUGAAUAGGAAAUGUACAAUGGAUCAGUAUCUUGUAGGAUAUAAUUCACUAACAUCACCUUGGCCUACCAACUGGGUUCCCAUUCCAAGUGGGGCACUAAAUCAACAGACUUAAUAUGAUAUUCAUGGCCCUGAUGUCAAGCCAGGGCUAACAAUUAUCUAUCUAUAGCCCUUGAUUUCAAUCUAUGGACCCAAUUGAAUAUCUCUGUUCGAGGGUAAUUACAACUUUACCCUCGGUAUGUACACACACAUAUAGCCUAAGCGGGUGCUAGCUAGUAAUCAAAUAACUUGACACCACAGCAAUGGACUCCAAAUUUCUCUAGUCUCUCACAAAUCUAAAACACAAUUUGGUUAGCCUAAAAUUGAGCCCCCUCAAAUGUUUGUCCAAACUGCCAAUCACUUGGCGCCGCGUUGUAGCUGGUGAUGGUCCUUCCAUCACUGGUGGUGACUUGAAAGGAGAGGCUCUGGCCAUUGAGGUAGUUGUUGUUCUGCCAGUUUUGGCCCCAGUUCCUUGACAUGGGUUGCCAUCCUGUUUUGGACCCUUUAAUUGAGACUGAAUGGACAUCCCCCGCUCCGCCGACGUUGCUGAUCAAUACCAAGUUGAAAUAAGAGUGCCCAUUGAUUGUAAACCUUAUGCCUCCUUUCUUCACACAUGGAACCCUGUUCCAACAAAAAACACAACCCUUUUAGGAAAGUGACUUUAAAUUGGACUCUCCAAAAAAAAAAAAAAAAGUUUGAUUAUGUAAUAAGAAAAUCAAUUUAAGUUCUU